AUGAACACGAGUUACGAAAGAGAUAAUGGAAUAUUCGAGUGCAGGGUGAAAGCUUCGGGUACGGGGAGGGAACUUCAUUCUCAAUCGUAUAGUCUUACCGUGUUGACACCACCCGAACCCCCGAAAAUAUCACCGGGAGAAAAUCCCGUGACGACGGAAGGUAAAAAAAUGGAAUUGGUUUGUUCGUCUGUGGGCGGAAGUCCCGAACCUUACAUCAAAUGGUACAGAGAGGGAAACGUUCAUCCUUUGGAGUCUGUCGUUAAAAAAGCUAACGGAAAAGAAGAUGUCACUCGUGCCGUACUAGAAUUGACUCCAACGAAAGAAGAUGACGGUGCCGUUUUUAAAUGCGUCGUUUGGAAUAGAGCCAUGGGAGAUGAGAGUAAAAUGGAAGCGUCUGUGACACUCAGCGUCAAUUAUUUUCCAAGAGUAGAAGUAGGACCAGAAAAUCCACUUAGAAUAGAAAGAGAUGGUACGGCAACGCUCGAAUGCAAAGUCGAUGCUAAACCCAAAGUGACGAGCGUUCGAUGGAUGAGAAACGGACGUUUCGUAUCGACGUCAUUAACGCACACGAUACACCGAGUAGGAACGGUUGAUUCGGGAAAAUACACGUGUUCGGCCGACAACGGUUUGGGACAAACGGGAGAAGCCGAAAUCCUUUUGGAUGUUUUAUAUCCGCCACAAGUCACGAUAGAAACGGCUCCCGGAAUGGCGAGACACAGAGAAGCCGAAGAAGGUGAAACAUUAACCGUCAAGUGCAACGUGACGUCGAAUCCUCCUCCGUACAACGUCGAAUGGCUCAAAGAGGGUCAUCCGGAUUCCAGACAGACCGGUGACGUUUUGAGAUUGUCGUCAAUAACGGCGGAAAGUGCUGGAACGUAUAUUUGCAGAGCCGUUAACAUAUUGACACCUUACGGGACGCCGAAGCGUAGAACGGAAAGAAUGGGUAAUGCGACCAUGACGCUUUUGGUACGACACAAACCGGGAUUGGCACACAUUUCACCGGAAAGACCCAUAGCAGCAGAAGGAACUGGAGUCACAUUGACGUGUUCGGCUAAUCCUCCCGGUUGGCCGCCACCACAAUAUCGCUGGUGGAGGGAUCUUGACAUAGCAAAUCCUAGUUCUUCACCUCAAACGGUUUUAGCAACGGGAGCUAAAUACACGAUACCGUCGGCUCAUUUGGGAUCAGAGGGAAGAUAUCAUUGUCAGGCGACAAACGAAAUGGGACAGGGGAUUUCACAUUCCGUUAUACUUCAAGUGCAUCAACCCCCGAGAAUAGUGGCAAAACUUCAACCGCACGUCACUAAGAAAUCCGGUGAUGGGGAUUUUUCCGUGCGAUGCGGGGCUCAGGGAAAACCCAAGCCGUCGGUUAAAUGGUUGAAAGACGGUAAAGAAAUUUCAUCGCAGCAAGAUAAUUACGACAUAUUGAACGACGAAUCGGACGGUCGUAAUUCAGUUUACACCGUUCAAAGCACUCUCAAGUUCAUCGGAAAGGGAAGACCGGAAGGAAAUCAAUUGGUUGCCGCCGACAGAGGAGUUUAUUCUUGCGUUUUCGAAAACGAAGUCAAAAGAGCCGAAAGUAGCAUGCAUUUAAGAAUAGAACAUGAACCCAUCGUACUUCAUCAAUACAAUAAAGUCGCUUACGACCUUCACGAAACGGCUGAAGUUAUAUGUCGGGUUCAAGCAUAUCCACGUCCGGAAUUUCAAUGGUCUCUCGUAGGGAACAGUGCUCCCCUAACGACGAGUUCUGGAGUGGAUAGUCACUACGACAUAAGCACGACUGCGGAAAACAACGACGUCUACGUCAGCGUACUCAGAAUAAGUAAUAUUCAGGAAAACGAUUAUGGAGAAUACACGUGUAGAAUUGCCAACGCACUCGGAAGCCUGAAAAAAGGGAUUCGAUUGCAACCGAAAGGACCUCCAGAUUUUCCAACGAAAUUAAAAGCCGUUAGAAUGGGACAUAAUUUUGUUACGCUGUCUUGGACUCCCGGAUUCGAUGGUGGAAUUCACAACACGAAAUAUUUUGUCGCUUAUAAAAGAGUCGGAGAAGAAGAUAGUAAUAAUUGUUUUGCUAAUAGUGUGACCUAUCAUAGUAACAAGGGAAGGAACGACGGGUGGCAAGAAUACGAUUGUCAAUCUUACAAUCCUUGUAACAUAACAUCUCUCGAACAACAUCACAGUUAUAGGUUUAAGGUGAAAGCUUACAACACGAAAGGAAACUCUAAUUAUUCCGAAGAAGAAUUGGCAUCAACGAAAGUAGACAGAAUACCAGCUCCGCAAAGAGUGACCUACGAUCCUGAAUCUCAUACUCUAUCGAUAAAUGUCGAUGCUACUUGUCUUAUGCUUCUCGGUCAAGUGGAAGUCACGAACAGGCCGGAUGAUUCAGAUUGGAGAUUUUUGGAAACUCUACCGAUUACUUAUUCGGGAGGUAAUCCGACGAUAUCCGAAGCGACCAUAUUUUCAAUGGUCGCGAGAGCUAAAACACACGAUUACAAAGCUUCGGGAAGAAGUUUGGGCCCGGAUAAUCCCGACGACGACGGCCUAUUAUUGGAAGCCAACACUCAACAAACAAUCACUCCAAGAGUACGAGUCAAACUGUGUUUGAAAGCGAGUCCCGAGGUUUGCGGGGAUUAUACGGAAGCCGAAAUCGGGCCUUCGAUCGUCAAAGAAGCAUCAGCCAUUGGAAAAUCAACGCUCAUAGUCAUCGUGGUCAUUUGCAUCAUAUCAAUAUUGUUCAUCGGUUUGCUUAUAAUGUUUUGUCGGUGUCGCAAGAAUCAAAAUAAAAAACAACAAAGCAAGGAUUACGAAAUGGAAACGAGCGUUCGUCCGAGCAUCGUUCAACAACCUCCUCCUCCUUAUUAUUCUGCGACGGGACUCGAAAAUAAAGCUUUGGAACAUUCCAUGGAUCUCGCAUUGGACGACACGACGAAAAAUGCAAUUUACGCUCAGCAAAACGGUUACGGAUAUCAAAACGGACCGCAAAUACCACACAACGGCGGAGAUUGGGUAAACAUGGGUUACAACGAAAACAGUUACAGCAAUUCGAACAACGGAGGUUCCGUCAAUUCUCAAGAUUCAUUAUGGCAAAUGAAAAUGGUUGCGGCAAACAACGCGAACAACGAUCAGCAUCACAUGGACAGACAAGGAACCUACGGUUACGAUCCUCUAACUCACGGAGGCUACGGAACGGUUGACGAUUAUGCAUCGUAUCCACACCUGACGAGCGAAACACCCGAUCAUGAUUACGGAUCAAGAACUAGCAACAAUCCCAGCAGAAACGAAUACGUGAGCGAUCCAUACGGUCCCGUGCACAAACCCAAAAAACACCUGACACCACACCUGGAAUCCCCGUACAGAGACGUGAGCGGUCUACCGGAUCCCUACAUGGAAAACAUGGAUAUGGAAGAUCCUAAACCUCAACACAUGUCUCUAUCCUUCGACGAAAGUCUAGAAAGCGGAUAUUCUACUCCUAAUUCACGAAAUAGACGAAUUAUACGUGAGAUAAUUGUCUGA